AUGGGAAGAACGGAAGAACUGGUCCAAAGUGUUCGGGGGAGGGUUUUAGGGCUAAAGCUAAAAAAAACCGUUGGAUUCGAUGCCUACCAACUUCCUGUGGUUCCUAGGGCGUAUAGAUCACCCAGAGGACGCAGGCUAAAACCUAUGAGAAAACAUAGAUUCGAGUUUGAGGUUUUAACCCAAGUGGCCGGAGAACUCUCAGGCGAGUGCAAGAAUGCUAUCGGCUCGUUGGCCCACGAAACAAACGAGACAAAGGAUGAUGAUGUCGUCGUCAAUAACUUAUUGGAGACAAUGGAAGUUGAGGUUAAGCCUCAACCUGAUCUGGAGAAACCUUCUAGUAAGGUGUUAUUGUCUAAGGACUGGUUAGCUCUUGGUCCUUCCAUGUCUAGCUCUCCAAUCACAGAGGAAAAAAACUUCGAUUCAAGUUCCAAGAUCGACGGUAAAAGAAAGAUGUGUAACAUGAAGGAGAGAGGUUCGUGUAGUAGCCAAGAAUCGCAGGAUAUGUAUCCUUUGAAGAAAAGAAAGUUGUUUUACCAAAAUCAUCGACCUGACACACAUGAAGCUCCGUGUACCGUUAAAUUUGGUAUUAAAUCGUUGAAAAUCUCGGAGCUAUUGGUGGACAUUCCCGAAUCAGCCACGGUUGGAUCACUGAAACUAGCGGUAUUGGAGGCGGUAACACGGAUUCUGAAAGAUGGAUUAAACAUUGGAGUGCUUCUUCGAGGUAAAACCAUCGAUGAUGACUCCAAAACGCUUCUUCAGAUUGGGAUCGCUCAGGAUGAUGACCACAACCUCAUCAGUUCUUUGGGAUUCAUGCUAGAACCGCAUAAAUCAGAAACAACAUCAGGAACAACGUUAACCACUGUUUACCCGGCAACACGACGACAAAAUAGGGUUCGAGGACCCGUGGAUAGCACCGAGGCAGUGGCAGCUAAACCUGCGCGCAUGAAGCCGGCCUCGCAGCCAGAGAUGGUUCAACGGAGAAUCAGACGGCCAUUCACUGUCUCAGAAGUAGAAGCUUUGGUUCAGGCCGUAGAGACGCUCGGCACCGGAAGGUGGCGCGACAUUAAGUCUCAUGCAUUUGACCAUGCAAAUCAUCGAACUUACGUUGACCUCAAGGAUAAAUGGAAAACGUUGGUUCACACGGCAAAGAUAUCCGCAAGGCAAAGGAGAGGCGAACCUGUGCCUCAAGACCUUCUUGAUAGAGUUUUAGCUGCUCAUGCUUUCUGGUCUGAUCGGACCGGAUGA